AUGAGUGACGAAAGACGUGGUUUGAUCCGAUGGAUGAGAGGAGUUGGGGUUGGUGAGACAGAGCCACAACACAAUACUAUGGUUUGCCUUAAUCUUCAUGGGAGGGGGUGGAUUUCAUUGUGGUGGGUGCCGGGUAGUAGCAGUAGUAGAAUAAUGGUAUCCAAGGAUGGGAGUGGAGAUUAUAGAACGGUGGGUGAAGCCAUUCUGAGCGCUCCGGACAUGAGUGACAGACCUUACACCAUUCACGUUCGAGAAGGCACUUAUCAAGAGUAUCUAUUCAUUCCUCCUCACAAGACUAAUAUCAAGCUCCUCGGAGAUGGACCUCACCACACCAUAAUAGUGGGCUACCAAAAUGGUUCCACCAUAGACAUUCGAGGAGAUGGGUUCAUGGCAGAGAAGAUGGGAUUUGCGAACUGGGCAGGGCUAAACGCAAGCGCUGCGGUGGCGGUGAGGAACGAAGCAGACAAGAGCAUAUUCUUCGAAUGCUCCAUCGAAGGCCUGCAAGACACCCUGUGGGCGGUUUCGGGGCGUCAGUUCUACAAAAAGUGCGAGAUCUACGGCACAGUGGACUUCAUCUACGGCAGCGCAGCGGCGGUGUUCCAGGACUGCAUGGUGUACGCGCGUUACAGAGAGUACGUGACGUUCACGGCUCAGUCGCGAGAGGAUCCGAAUGAGAAGAGUGGGUUCAGUUUCCAGAGAUGCGACUUCAGAAUGUCCCCUGAGGAUGAGGGUAGAAAGUCAGAGGUCCGUGCUAGCUUGGGUCGUCCCUUGAGACCCUAUUCCACCGUGGCUAUUCUUCAUUCCUACAUUGACUCCAUCGUGGACCCUAAAGGUUGGGAGCCCAUGCCACACCAGCCCACUGACAAACUCACCUACACCGAAUUUCAGAAUUUUGGGCCGGGCUCUAACACUGAUGCCAGAGUUAAGUGGCCUGGUGUCACCGUCCUUCGCCACCCAGCCCAAGCAGCCCAUUUCACUGCUUCCUCUCUCUUAGAUGCAGACUCUUGGAUUCCCUCCUCGGGAGUCCCCUAUGACAAUGUACUCUAG